CAUACUAGAUGAUUUGGAUGAGGACAUUUACAGAUUUCCAAAUCUAUCGCACGAAGAGAUUUACAAUGCUGCCAUUAAGGAUUUCAUAAAAUUAGCCAAAAAAAUACAAGAACUGAAAGUGGAACGUAAUUACGAUGGUACCGAUAUAUAGCCUUCUUCAGUUUUAUGGGGUGCCAUGCCUGCGGGUAAUCCCCUCGCCGUACACUGUGGUAUGGUAAUCGAAUGUAUUCGCAUUCAGGGUACCGAUGAACAAUUUGAAAAAUUUGGAAAAGCCUGCCAGAGUUUUUCUAUGACGUCUGCCUAUGCCCAAACUGAACUGGGACAUGGGACUUUUAUAAGGGGUUUAGAGACUAGAGCCGAUUUUGAUCAUCACACCGAUGAGUUUGUUCUGAAUACGCCAACAAUAAGCUCCUAUAAAUGGUGGCCAGGAGGAAUGGGUCAAUCGGCCAAUCAUUGCAUAGUGCCCGCCAAUUUGUACAUUGACAAUGUAUGCAAAGGCUUGGCCAUGUUUGUGGUACCUAUUCGUGAUAUGGAGACGCACGCGCCUUUGCCUGGUGUGGAUGUUGGUGAUAUUGGCAAAAGAAUGGGCUUUGCUGGGGUCAAUAAUGGUUAUCUGGGUCUGAAGAAUGUGCGAAUACCUCGCACCAAUAUGUUGAUGCGUCACUCCCAGGUACAUCGUGAUGGCACCUUUGUUCAAAGUCCUGUAUCUGUAUUGACCUAUUUUACCAUGGUCUAUAUACGCUGUCUCAUUGUUCGCAAUGUGGCCACACAGCUGUCAAUGGCUGCUACCAUAGCCACCAGAUAUUCGGCAGUGCGCAGACAAAGUCCCAUUAACCCAAAUGAACCCGAAGUCCAAAUCAUCGAUCAUCUUACUCAACAAAAGAAACUUUUCCCUGAGAUUGCCAACAGCAUAGCCUAUAAAUUGGCCUUUACCAAACUCUAUCAAUUGUAUGAGACAACCUCGCAGGAUAUAAAGCAUGGAGAGUUUAGCCGUCUGCCGGAAAUGCACUCGUUGUCCUGUAUUUUAAAAGUUCUCUGCACUUCGACCACAAUGGCAGGCGUUGAUAUACUGCGUUUGGCCUGUGGUGGUCAUGGUUAUUUGAGUUCUUCGAAUAUUGGCAACAUCUAUUUGGAUGUGGGAGCCUCAUGCACCUACGAAGGAGAGAAUACCGUACUGCUGUUGCAAGUGGGCAGAUUUUUGAUGAAAUCCUAUCGCUCUGCUUUGGCUGGCAAGAAAUUGGCUCCUACAGUGGCUUAUUUGCAGAAUGCUGUUAAAGAGAAGUCACUUUGCCAUUGGACGGGAUCUUGGGAGGAUCUAUUGAAGAUUCUACAAAUAGCCACUGCACACAAAACUCACAUUACUUAUGAAAAUCUAAUGGCACGCCUUAAGGCAGGUCAAACAGAAGCUGAAGCGGCCAAUAGUACAGGCAUUGAGUUGACACAAGCGGCAGAGCUACAUGGCAUUUGUUUUGUUGCUGCCACAUUUUUGGAGGAGGUUACCGGGCCCCAUUCAAAAUCCCGCAGUCCGGCCUUGAACAAAGUUUUGGGCAAUCUUUUGGAAUUAUUUAUGAUAUCAACUGUUUUGAAGUACAUGCAUGAAGUACUAAGGGUCCACAAACUUUGCGAGGCCGAAACUCGUUCUCUACAAACUCGUCUUGAGGACUCUCUUGAAGCCAUUCGUCCGGAUGCUGUAGUCAUUUGUGAUGGCUUUGAUCAUCAUGACCGUAAUCUUUUCUCAACUUUGGGCUCCUAUGAUGGUAAUGUUUAUGAGCGAAUUUUUGAAGAAGCCAAAAGGUGUCCCCUGAAUAAGCAACCUGUUCCGGAAGUGAUACACACACAUUUGAAACCUUUUAUGAAAUCGAAUUUGUAA